GUGGUUGGGCGCGUGUGCGCGGCGCCGUGCCCCGCCGUGCCCCCGCCCUGCGUGCCCCCGGCCCCACCGGCACCCCCGAGCAGCCUCGCAAGCAGCCCCUGGCCCCAGUCCCCCGCCGCCAUGGCCGACGAGCUCGACUUCACCACGGGCGAUGCCGGCGCCUCCUUCACGUACCCCAUGCAGUGCUCGGCGCUGCGGAAGAAUGGCUUUGUGGUGCUCAAGGGCCGCCCCUGUAAGAUCGUGGAGAUGUCCACUUCCAAGACGGGCAAGCACGGCCACGCCAAGGUCCACUUGGUUGGUAUCGAUAUCUUCACUGGUAAAAAAUAUGAAGAUAUUUGCCCAUCAACUCAUAACAUGGAUGUUCCAAAUAUCAAGAGGAAUGAUUACCAGCUGAUAGGUAUUCAGGAUGGGUAUCUCUCCCUGCUGACAGAAAGUGGUGAAGUUCGUGAAGAUCUUAAGUUGCCAGAAGGGGAUCUUGGCAAAGAAAUAGAAGGAAAAUUCAAUGCCAAUGAAGAUGUGCAGAUAUCUGUCAUAAGUGCAAUGAAUGAAGAAUGUGCUGUAGCCAUAAAGCCUUGCAAAUAAAGAGGAUCACCAGGCUCGGGCAGCUGCUCAGGUCUGGGCAAACCACAGAUCUAUAAAUUUGGUUCCUAUUGUCACCAAAGCUCUGGCCUUCACAAGCAACCUCAUUUCUUUUUUGAAUUGUUAAAAUGCAGUGCUGGAUUCUGGAUUAGUAUUGCAGGCUAACUGGCAGUUUUCAAAAUCACUGAGAUUUUAAUUCCUUAAUCAUAACUAUUUUAACAUUCCUGUGGGUUUCAGCUAUGGAUCUGAGAAACCAGUCAGGUGUUACUAGUGAAUAUAUUUUUAUUUGCUUGAGCAAAACAGUGUUUGUCUGUAUGAACAGACAAAAUACAGUAUUCAGGGGCUUUUAGAUAAGCUGGUAGGUAUCUAGGAUUAUAAAGUGACCUAGAGCACAAAUAGUAUUUUUCUUGACAUGUUUAGGUAGAACUGACAAUAAAACAAUAAAAGUAGCUUUCUUUUUUUUUUUUUAUGCUUAAGUAUUUUGUGGAUUGGGACUCUUGCAGAACUGUAGGUGCCAAUCGCAACUUUUAGACCAAGAAACUCAAGUGAUCAAAAAUGCCAGCUGGCUUGACCAAGCCCCAGUGGCCAUGUGCAACUUAACUGUAUUACCUCUGUUUUCUUCUUUGCCAACUUGUUGGCUUAUUUUGAUGAUAAAAUGGUGUCAAAAGCCUACCUGUGGUUUAGGCAGGCAGUUGGAAUAUUGGGUAGAUGAGACAUAGAUAGGUCAGGGGGACACAAAGGUGAGAAUGGAUGUUAAAGCUAUAGACUUUCACUCGAGGCCUUUGUCAGACUUGAAAAAAUAAAAUAGUUCAAUUGCUUUCCUUUAUUUUAUUUAUCUUAAACUAUAAAAGGGUGACAAACUCCAUGGAAAUCUGUUGCAGUGCUUCCAGCUUUAGGUCUUAAUCUUCAGGUGUAGACCAUAUUUUUGUAGCACAGGGACCACGGGUUUUCUCAAAAAGUGGGACAAACUGUAGCAUCGAGCCUAAACUAAAUGCAUGUGAUUCUUUUUAAAAAAUAAAACAUGUAUUUUCAAAAUAUAGACUUGACAGACAAUACUGAACAACCAUGGCUUAACUAUAAAAGUAAAUAAAUUGCUAUACAGUUAUGAAAGCUAGCUCCCAUCCAGGGGUGUUAUGAGUCAUUGAAACAUGCAUGCAUGCCUCUAGUUAGUAGCUUAAUGGGCAGACACAAGGCUUCAUAGCAAUAGUUAAUGAAAGGAUAACUAGCCUGUUCCUGUUUAAGGCAUUCAACUUGAAUUCUAAAACUUGAUGACUCUUCAUGAGUGGGAAACUCUCAGUCUGUGGUUCAGACCUCUCUUCACAGUUUAUAAAAUUGCUUCAUGAGCUUGCCUUAAGCUUCAGUGGCUGUUGGCUGAUUGAGGAUAACUUUUAAGCAUGUAGCAUUCUGCCCUGGAUACGUGCUCCAUUCACAGUGGGCUGUGAGAGUCAGAGGUCAUACUGCUGUGAACUGUUUAAUGUUUUCAGCUUAAUAGUAUAUACUCUUUAAUCCCCAGAGGGCUCAUGGCAACUGUCCUGAACUGCCCUUGUACGUACUAUGUCAAGGCUUAGCAAAUCCUGGGUGCCUGAUGUAGAUGGCAAAACCAUGUUUUUUCUACAGGCUUCUUGUGACAAUGGGAGCAGUACCAGUGAAGGUAAAGACAGCAAUAAAUACACUCUAGUAGUAAAGCACAGUUACCUGGGACACCUGACAGAAUUAAGAGACUGCCACAUGCUCUUGCCUAGCACAACGCACAUCGCAGGCGAACUCUAUAAAAAUGCCUGGAUUGAAAUAGCAAAACUGCUUAAAAAAUGCCUGUAGAUGCAAGAGAUUGAGAUGCAUUCAGAAUAGUUUUGACAUGCAUGCUAAUAGUUCAAGCUAGUCUGCACUGUGCUCUCCAUUGAAAAGGCACCUGAAAGACAGGCUUUGUGGGCUUUGGAGGUGAUGGUGAAACCAUUGAUGAUGGUAUUGACAGCAAGGUGAGCUGUGUGGGAAGUCAUAGGUUGCUAUGGCAAACUAAUGCAAGUUCUAAUGCUAUCACUGUAUAACAAGUACUUACAAUAUGCUUGAAAACUGCGAGACUCUGAUUUGUCCCUGUUCUGGUAGUGCUUUAGUUUACUUUCAGGUGCCUGUCUGUCCUCUAAAAGCCUGUUGGAAGACAGGUAUUUGAUGCCACUGGCCCACAGUCUAAGCAUUUACUUAACCUGCAAGCUCUCCAGGACAAAGGCUGGAUUUUGUCCUGUUCCUACAAGUGGGGUUCUGGUCUCACUGGAGUUUACAGGUACUACAGCAAUCUAAAGGUUUUAUGACCUCCAGCUUGCUGGAAGAGCCUUCCUUGGGACUUAGAGAUGUCCUUCUAUUGCAACCUUCAGUUCUGCAAGAUUUAAAUGAUUAAGUACUUCAUUAUAGGUUUGUUCUUAUAUACUUAGUUGUCUUUUGUGAAGCACUUCGAACACUAUGGAAGUGCAGAGCAUUUGCUUGUCAUGCAUGAAGUUUCCCAUAGUUAAUAAUACAUAAGCAUGAGUUAAGCAUAAUCUCAAAGUUUCAGUAAGGUUAAAAGUUGCUUCUAAAUUAGAACAUGUAUUUGAGGCAUUUUUUUCCAGAGUAAGAUGUUUCAGUUUACUGUCAGAAUUGUUUGCAACAAAGUUUGUGAUCAAUAGUUCAUAUAGAUGCGUAUUUUUAAGACCCCUAACCAAAUGCUUAGGGAAGUUCUCCUUUCAUAGCUUUACUUUAAAACAAAUCUUACUGAUGUACUUGUUCUGUAGUACUGUCUUAACACUUAAAUUGUGUCAAAACUGAAAACUAUAAUCUUCUAAAAGCUGGUGGCAAUUGCUUAGAGUAAAGACUGUGAAACCUAGGAGGUAAAGAAAACUAUUCUCGCUCCAAAUAAUGCAUUUUUUUAAUGGCUCAAAUUCACUGAGUUUCUCCUACUGAUUUACAGAAUUGGGAAGACUGCAGUGUUUCCUGCCUCAAGUGUUGGCAAAUAAUACAUUAAGAUUUCAAUAGAUCCUUCUAAUUUUUGCUUAUAAUGGUGGUUUUUCAACUAGGCUCUUGCUAGUUGAGCCAUGUUCUCAGGGCUGGUUUUUUUUAAGAAGUUAGCUGAGUUUUGUUUUGACGUAACUGCUUUCAAGCCUCUUGCAGGUUUUUCUAAUCCACAGUGUAUCCAGAAAUGGUGCACGAUCUGUAGUUUCAAAAUACAGGUGAUUUUACAUAAUCUGUAAAGAAGUCAAACUUGUUGACAGUUCAGACUCUUAUGGUUACUGCAGGUCAGUCUCACAGAAUUCAAAAUUCAAUAAAUCCCACUUUUUUUUUUGGUUGAGUAAUUAGAAUGUAGUUUGUUACAGUAGAACUAAACUUCAGGAGAAAAAGACCUUGUUAAGGAUAUUUCAAGUAUCUCGCUUAUACACAGAGAAUGUUAACAAAGGCGUAGAUCCUGGAGGUGUUGUAGUGGGAGUGUGGUGGAGUGUUCCGCAGUCUGGUGCGGUAUGCCAAGGUGGGCAGAGGCCUGUCCAGCACCUGCAGUCUGGCCCUACAGUAUUUGGCAUCUGAGAGUGACUUGGUGAGUUGAAACCUGAAUGUUUGCUGUGUAUUGCUGUAUCCCAGAAAACCCCUGCUGUCCUGUGCUGUAUAUUUAAACGUUAUUGUUUGGUGUGGCUUUCACAACUCUGGGGAAAGAGGAAUGAUGGUGGUGACUGCUUUUCCUGCUGAUGGUGAAAACCAAACCCUGUAACUGGUGUGAGCCAGGAGCAGCAGCCCUGGUGGUUCACAUGUGUGUCUGUUUUGGAAGUUGUAUUGUUUUCAACACCAUGCCAAUGAUCAAGGGAAAGAUGUAUGUUCGUUGUUUUGCUCCAGGAAUAAUAAAGAUGUCAGUGCUGUGGGGAUCUGGGUGCUGGUUCAGAUUGCACGGACUCUGGGGGUUGCUUCAAGGCUGAGUGCAUCUGCAGGCUCCUGCACGGACCUGGCUGCAGUGAGAACACCGGUGUUAGCCCAGGCGCCCGGAGGAGAGCGGCGCGGCCAGCUUGUUGUUACGAGAGCAAGAGAACCGCUUGUGUUCCUGUCCUACAGAAAUAAAAAUCUGAACUCAAACACA